UAUUUCUCCUACAUUGAGUAAAAGGAAAUUAUCCAUAAUGAACAAGGUAACAUCAUGUCUAGUGCUUGUCGUGGCGGUGGCGGUGGCAGUGUCGGUGGUGGGGGCAGCAGCGGCGCCGCCUAAGAUCACAUGCGGCGAUGUGACAACCACAUUAGCGCCAUGUUUCGAGUACGUCUUAAGCGGCGGCAAGGUGCCUGGUAACUGCUGCCAAGGGGUGAAGUCGCUCUACAAGGCAGCGAACACCGCCGCCAACCGCCGCAGUGUUUGCAUCUGUCUAAAAUCCGUCACCGGCUCUGCCUCUCCGGCCGCCGUCAAAAACGCCAAAAGCCUUCCUGGGAAAUGCGGCGUCUCCCUUCCAUUUGAAAUCACGCCUGCAAUCGAUUGCAACAAGGUUAAUUAGAGACGAUGGACUGUCCGAGACCAAAUUAUGUAUGUCAGCUUGUUUGAAUUGUUUUCAAUGUAUGAAAUAUUAAUCUAUUGUGUAUCGUGGAUUUGUGUAAUCAAAUUAUAACGCUCCAUUAUGGUCAAGAAAUUUUGAUCCAAUUUCAUGUGGUA